AUGAUCGAAGGGGCCACAAAGCGAAAACUCGAGAAAAUCUCAAAAGGCGAAUUAGAGGAUUUAAAGGAUGGCGUCCUCAAGGACAAGGAUGAUGACGUAAUCGACGAGAUCGAAGAGCUUUACGAGGACGAAAACGAUGAAAGUAGUGAAGAUGACGAGGAUAGCGACGUCGAUUCGCUGGAGGACUCGGACGAGGAGAGAGAGAAAAAAGACGAGUUCGAAGACGGAGAUACUUCUGACGAGGAAGACAGAAAAAACACAAUUGGCAAUGUGCCAAUCGAAUGGUACGACCAUUUGCCACACAUCGGCUACGACUUAGACGGAAAGAAAAUUGCAAAACCGAUUAAAAACAAGGAUGAAAUCGACGAUUUCCUCGCGCGCUGCGAAGACCCAGAUUAUUGGCGAACAAUUACCGAUCGAAGCACUUUACGAGAGCACAAACUUACCCCCGAAGAAGUUGAUUUUAUCAAGAGAUUAACAAAAGGAUCCUAUGCUUCGCAAGUCGACGAUACGCCCGAGUGGAUAGGAAAUAGUGCUCAGAUUCUUCUUCUUCUCCGAUUCUCGAUUUUUUAUUUCAGCCGCUGA